AUGUCAAGUAAUAUUGCUUCUCCACCAAAAAAAGAAAGAGAAAGGAAGAAGAAUUUUCAUGGACAUUAUGGCAGAUCAAGUCCUGGAAGUUAUUUUGAAAGGGAUCCUCUUCUUUCUGACUUGAGCAGAGUUUAUACCUACAGCUAUUUAGCAGCAGAGCCUACCCAAGGAUAUUUACGUCGUCCAAUUGAACCUAGACCUCCUAAGUCACCUCAGUUUCAUCGUCCACCUGAUUGUCCGGAUAAAAGACGUACCUGGAGCAAAAGUCCAUCUCAUAAACAUGGAAUGCAAGCAUUAGUGGAUUCUAUACAAUCAACAACACCACGUCCAAGAUCUCCUCAUAUGAAUAAUGAAGAACCAAUUGAAUACUCUCAUUAUCCUGGAGGAAAACCACCACCACCUGAAGAAAUGGCACCUAUCGAGCGUGAUGAUUUUCCUGCACCUCCUUUUCCAUUUACAGAUCCUGAGCGUCGUAGACGAUGGAGUGGAAGCUCCAAGGGAGUUGAAGUAGAAGAUGAACCUGAUAUGCCAGAAGAAAUAAAUGAGGUUGAUCCACAGCUGAAAAGGGAAGAGGAAGAGCUAUCCAAAAUUGCUACAGGAAUCGGAAAGGUUUUCCUGAAAACAGUAAAAGAUCGGGAAAAAAUCAAGGCUUGGAAAAGAUCUCAUUUAGACCCUAGAAAUGCUUCCAGAACUCCUUCUGCUAGUAAAGAACCUCCUGUGCGCUUAAGAUAUGACAAUCCUGUGAAUGCAUCUCCAUCCAGAGAUUCAGACCAUCCUAGGCCUUGGGAAGAAGAAGAGUUUGAAAGAAAAUCUAGUUUUCGAUCAUCUACUGGCAGGCUUGUUGGAACAAUUCCCAGUUAUAAUGUUGUUUCAUCACUCCGAAAUGUUCCAAAACCUGGUUAUGGUUUAGCAUCAAGAUCACCUGGACCAAUGACUGGAAGGGAUAGUGGAUUAGGAUAUAUAAGUGACUUGACCUUUGGAGGGUUAGAAAAAACUCAUAGCUCAGAAUUUAGUAGUGGUAAAUCAGACAAGAUUACAGAACCAGAUAUUAUUGCUUCACUCUAUUUGAAUCACAUUCCGAUCUUUAAAUUAGGAAAAAUUGCUAUUUCAGUGAGGAUACAAAUGUUUGAAUUACAGAAUCGCAGUGGAAGUGGCCUGUUCAGAGGAACUCCAUAUUCUGAAGGCUUUCGGGGAUUUAGGUAUCCAACCUAUAGUCCACAUUUACGACAUUCUUUACCAAAUGUCACUCUUCAUUUAUCAACAGAACCACCAAAGCUGUAUCCUUAUCAUUUGUUAAUAACAUCCAAUUAUCGGGUACCUGCAGAUGUGGAUCGUUGCCAUUUAGAGAGACAUCUAUCUAAUGAAGAAUUUCAGGCCUUAUUUCAUUUAACUCGUUUGCAAUUUUAUCGUCUACCUGAAUGGAGGAGAAACGACCUGAAAAGAAGAGCAAGAUUAUUUUAAUGAUAAAUUAUCUGCAUACAGUAUUAAAUAAUUUUUUUAGCUUUUAAUAUUUAUGAAAAAUUAUAUAUCAUACAUUAAAU